UGCCGCCCCUAUGUAAGGCGGCGCCGGGGAGGCAGGCGGCUGUGCGGGGCGCUCCGCUGCUGCGGGAUGGUGCGCCCGAGCGACGGCGGAGGCAGGCCGGGCCGAGCCGAGCGAAGGAGGCAGCCAGCCCCGCCGCCAGCCCCCCUCCGGGCAGGGACCGAGGGUAGCCGCCGCCGCCGCCGCCCGUAGCAGGCCAGCCAGAGUCCCGGAGUUGAGAUGCAGCUGCAGCCUUCCUUGUGUGACUGACUGCCUCCCGCCCCCCCAGUGGAGAAGCCGCCUUGCCCUUCCUGCUUUGCACCGCCUGUGACUGGACCCCUUCUGAGGAGCUGGCCAUGUCUAUCAUGGACCACAGCCCCACCACAGGCGUGGUGACGGUCAUCGUCAUCCUGAUCGCAAUUGCGGCCCUGGGCGCCUUGAUCCUUGGUUGCUGGUGUUACUUGCGUCUCCAGAGGAUCAGCCAGUCCGAGGACGAAGAGAGCAUCGUGGGGGAAGGCGAGACCAAGGAGCCCUUCCUUCUGGUCCAGUACUCAGCCAGAGGCCCUUGCAUGGAGCGCAAAGCCAAGCUGACGCCCAACGGGACGGAGGUGCAUAGUUAACUGGCUGCUCGGAAUCCCUGAUGGCUGGAGCUCGGACGGAUACUGUGAAAGGACUAGAGGAGGGCAUCCUGCCCUGUCCAGGAAAGCUCGUCUCGAGAUAAGACUUGUGGGUUUGUGUGUGCGCUGAGAAUGGCAUUCCUUGUUCUGGGACUGGCGGCUUUUCUGGCACAAGGCCCGUUGCCGGCAAUGGGCGGACAGGGACGGGGUGGUGUGAAGAGACAAACUGUGUCGACUACUUGAAUAUUUCACUGAGCCUGUUUGGGAUGGAGCUACUGGUGUAAUGUGAACUUACUACAAAUGUGAACUGCGUGUGUGUGUGUAUAUAGGUAGCUGGGUUUUUUUCCUGUUCUGUAGCAUACGGGGAUGGGACCCAAAUGCUUCUGCAUAAGCAACACUCCCGGAUUUAGGAGACGCAUGACCACACGUGGGAUUUCUCCAAAGCCAAACCGGGGGGUGCGGGGGAGGCAGGGGUCUCGUGCUGCUCUGGAGAGCAUUUUUGGUAGCAGCAGCAAAUAAGGGUGGGCUUUUCCUAAGGGUGGCGGUGCUGCUGCUUAACCCUUCUAGGAAUGCAGGCUGACUCUUUUAGUGGUAGCAGGGAGCAUCGGGCAAGCAACAGGCAGGAGUGGUGAGCUUGGCCUCUGUCGUGACUGCGGAAACUGCCUUCUGCUCUAACGAAGUUGGAGGCAGGAGCUCAUGAGGGCUGUGCUGGAAGUGUGGCGCACGGCCAGAAGGCUGCUGGAAGACUUGGCGAGGGCAGUAGACUAGAGCAAGCUUGCUUGGAGGCCUGAAGAAGCGGCUUUCCCCACAGAGCCGUCUGUCUAGCUAGUCCCCGACUUGCCCAUCUGUGCGCUGAGGUUGCUGUGGCUGCCCAGCAGUUGGGACUUGUGAAUCAAAGUCACACCACUUCCCCUCUCAGCUGUAGAGUUCUCUAAAUUAGUGUAUUUUGUAGAGACAGGCAUUGUCUUAAGAGAGGGCAUCUGUAAAUAGCUGGGGUGGGAAUAGCAAGUGGAGGCGGUUAUUUAGUUUCCUUGCCUUUGCCCUUUCAUCUUUUAGUCCUUGCCUGUUUCCAUCCCAAUUCAGUAAUACUUUUAAUAAGGUUUUAUGGUGAGGCAUCUUUUGGAUUUAGUCAAAUAAGGACACACACACACACCCCACACACAUACACUGUAUGUAGCUCUCUGCAAUGCCGUCCUGUCUUCUAAAUCUUCUCUAAACAAUCCUCUGUGCCCAAGGAGAAAGAAAUGGAAAUGCCAACAAGCUGACUGGGUCAAGGACACAGAGCAGCAGUAGAAUGCACGUGAACUCUUUUUCCUGCCUGGCAACUGCAGAAAGAGUUGACAGGCACUAGGACUCCCUGGCUAGGAACAUAGGAAGCUGCCUUCUGAGUUAGACCAUUGGUCCAUCUAGCUCAGUAUUGCCUAUCCAGAUCCCUCCCAGUCCUGUCUUGGAGAUGCUGCCAGGGAGGGAACUUGGAACCUUCUGCAGGCAAGCAUGCAGGUAUUCUUCCCAGAGCAGCCCCAUCCCCUCAGGGGACAAUCUGACAGUGCUCACCCAUAUGGUCUCCCAUUCAAGUUAAACCAGGGUGGAACCUGCUUAGCAAAGGGGACAAUUCAUGCUUGCUCCCACAAGACCAGCUUUCCUCCCACUCAUGGAACUGGGAAGGAAGCCCAAGGCAGCUUAGCCCAGUCCCCUGGGUUCCUUUUUGGGCAGCAUCAUCCAGCUUAGUGCCAAAUGCAUGCAGACACCUUUCUAGCCAGUCCCUCUCCUAUAAGAUGUUUCUCAGACUUCUAGCACUUGGGCCCGCAUUUUGCACACACCCCACCUGGGACUCUACCCUGCCUCCCAAUAAUCUGUGCAGAGAUGCUGAGGACCGUUCUUUAAGGGCAAGUGCCCUGUCCAGGUAUCCAACACAAACCAGGUCAAAGCAGAGGAAAGGAAACACAGACCAUCUGGUAUGACCACCCCUUUAAUCUUCCACCCCUUCAAAGCUUACUAAGUACACAAACAAGAUGCUUCCCCUCAAUUCUGUAAACAAGUCAAGAGCAUUGAAGGUGACCGAGUUGGGCUUCCCAGGAAGCAUCCGUUAAGAUGUUAAAAACAGAGAGAGAGUGCUGUGAGCCGAAACUGGCCCUGGCUUGUAACUACUGGGAAGAGUUUUAAAGUGCCAGCCACAUUGUGAUGAUUUAUGUUGGACUGAUACAAAAGCUAUCAAAUUAGUGCAAUUGUAAUGUGCAAAAAGUUUCUCCACUUGUUACAUUGCCGGCCUCAAACUGUGUUGAUCUGGUUCACUGACUCAUUAUAAAAAUAUUUUUUUUCUUUUUCUAGUCCAGCAAAAUAAGUCUUUAUGAUAAAAUUUCAAUAAAGUUUCCAUAAAGAGUC